AUGGAUUCUACCCUCGAGCCAACCCCUGCCAACGACAUGGCCAAGGUCGCGAUAGAAAUCUCACCUUACAAGAAAAUUAUCUUGGUCAGAGAAGGAUCACUUUGGAUGCCUUCUCCCUUUGUUUACAACGAAGCUGCUGACGACAAAAAGAAGGAAUCGCGUGAUAAAAUAAUGAAAGGUGAGAAGCAUUUGGAUCGUACAGUUGUGUAUAGCAUCCUGCAGCAUUACGAACGCUGUGGAUCGAUGCUGUGA